AGCUCGCCGAUUACGACCACUGCCACAAAUCUCCACGAACCGUCCUCCAACUCGGAAUUUGCCACACCAGCGGCAGGAAGCGGCAAGAAAAUUCUGGCCUCCAGCGAAAGCAGGCCAUCUGCGAGCACUGAUGGGAGAGUGCUGUGCAGAAUCUGCCUGGAUGACAGCCAAGAGCAGUCGAAGUUGAUUUGCCCGUGCAAUUGCAAGGGAACAGUAGCUCGAACUCACUCAGCAUGUUUGGAGAAGUGGGUUGAAGUCACACACAAUACAAACUGUCAGAUCUGUGGCGCAGACUACGAGCUGGAAUCCUAUGGAUGGAAGAGAAUCACAGAAUGGAGCUACCCACGCCCUCUGUCCAAUGACUGGGAAGAUGUUCUCGAUUUUCGUUGCUGUAUAGCUUGGAUCAUUUACUUCAGCAGAUAUCUUUAUAUGAACGCUGCCUAUGGUACUCAAGAGACUAAUCGACAGAUAGCAGAAGCAAUUGGUGAUGGAGUAUUUGCAAAAUGUUGG